AUGAACGACGUUCCCGCCAGCGGUGAGAGCGGCAACCCGCUCACCUUCGCGCCAUGGUGAGGACACUGUCAGCAACCAUGUGGCACAAAAUGUGUGUUUGAUGCAGGCAGGAGGGACUCUACGGGGUUUUAUAUGUCAUGGAUUCUUCCACAAACGAAAAGCCAGAAGAAGCAAUCAUCGUCGGGACAGGUUGGCAGUCCCCUUGUGCGCACCGCUCUUCUCGUCCUGUGUGUGCAUGGCUGUAGGAAUCCGCGUGCCUCCCCUGCAAUACGUCAAUCUUGUCGUGGUGUUCGUGCUUGACCUUCUUCAGCUGGUGCCGCUGUUGCUGCCGCUGAAUAAGGCUCUCGGGUGCGAAAAAUGGGAUAUAUACAGAGAUACGGUCAGGCACAGAAACAGCUAGCGGUGGAUUAUCUCUGUAUGUGUGUGGGGUUGCGUGUGUCGGUUCAUGUCAGUGCAUACUCCAGUUCUUCACCUCCCCUUUUGAGAUUUUUGGAGGUCAUGAUGCAGGGGACGACGCGUACAUGCAAAGACCAGACACUGCCUGUGUGUUGACCCCUUGCAGGACGAAACAAGAUUCAGUACUUCAGCGUUCUCGGCUUUCUCUGUUUCGUCAUUCUCCUUACGGCCGCGACGGUAUGGCUGGUCGCGCAAACCUUCAAAUCCAAGGAGGUGUGUCGUCCAGUCUGGCGCACAAAGACAACAGGGCAGGUGCCAACAAAAUACUGGUGCUCCUCCUGCGUUCACGAGUAGGUGCAUCUGAUAACGCCAAUCAUUUUUCUGAGGGGAUUUGUCCGGAUGUGAGCAGCCGCCGCAUCUCAUCGACAUGCGAUUGCUCCCUUGUCAGUCGUCCCCCUUCUCCGCUAUGUAUGCAGCUUCGUGACGACCUUCUUCUCCUCAUCUGUCGCCAUUCUUAUGUCUCUGUUUUCAUGCUCGCUGAUGAAAAACCGACUGAGAGACGGCGACUUUCAGUGUUGGGAGGCUUCCCAUAUCAUCAUGCUGUUCCCUUCCAUCGCUGCCCUGUCCUUCCUGGUACGUGUCGCUGUUGUCAUGGAAUGUCAGCUGAUCGAUGAACGGCACACACAAUUGAUGUUCUACUUCAGGUGCCUCUGGGGCUAGUCACCGCGCUGCUUUACAACAAUUUCAAGCCUUUUUCACCAGAUUUGUCAGUGCAAGCGCACGGGCGAGCCGAAUUUUGGUGCGCUUGCAUUAUCACACAUAAAUGUGCCUGCAUCGGUGGGUGUCCGUGUGUCUGGCCUAGGUACACGGCGACGAAGACACUGAUCAACCUGACCUUCAUCACCUCCGUAUCGAAACCUGCCUGGUCGAUAUAUUGCGCGUCGAUCAACCUUGUGGCGCUGGGCUACGUGGCAAUCUUGUUCUUCGCGCAAGGUAAGUGAGCAGAUGAGUGAGCGACCGUAGUGAAGGUCGCUUGCGAGACACCGCGACACACCGCCCCUCUCUCAAUGGCUUAUCGCUGCACAGCCCCAUUCUACCACAACAUUGCGAACAGGAUGCGUGACGGCAUUCUAGCAGUCCUUCUGACGAUUGCUGUCUUUGCUUUGAUACGAGAGAUUCGUUUCGUCGACGUGAGCAGCCAUAGCCAGUCUCCCAGGCUUUCUUCUGGUACACAGUCGGUCACUCCUAUGUGUUGCCACCUGCGUGCAGGACUUGCUGGUGGUAGGUGUGUGCCUGUUCACGCUGCCGACUGGUGCACUGCUGGGGCUGGUGCGCAAGGACAUUCUGCGACAGGAGAUGGCCGCUGAGACACACUCCCUCAUGGCUGUGUUUAACGAGGACUACAUCGAGGCAUUAGCGGCACUGCUGGCUGAAGAGACGGGAGAAGGAGGAGCUUCUAGAGCAGACAAGUGCGCAACAUACACCCAGAUACUCUGAGACAUACUUUAUGUGGUGGUGCUGAGUGGCUGCAGGUGUUCCGACGAGCGAAGUGACAGCACUGAGAGCGUCGCCCAAGGCGAGGGCGGCCGGCCUGCCGGGGCCAUCGUCCCAGUGCUUGCGGCCCUCGCACGGCCGCCUUCUAAUCAGGCCAUCGCCCUGGGCGGAUCGGCUAUCACGAGGCAGUUCUCACGAUCCGCAUCGGUAGCAAGCAAGACCGUCGGGAACAGACGUGUUGUUGGGGCGGCAGCUGAGAACCAAGAGCCCAAGAGCGGAGCAGAGCUCGUGCAGGAGCGGAUGAGCUCAUACUGGUGCACGUAUGGGUGUGCCUGCAGCCAGAUUGGUAUGCUGAUGUUGGUCAAUGCAGAUUGACGAGGCUGAGAGCCAGCAUGAUAUGGGAGACGGAUCUCGAGCUCGUCCUUCGGGUCUUUCGCGACGAAUGGUUCGCCAAGACAUACGUCGCGACAAAUGAGAGAGAUCAAUGACUGACAGACUUCUCGAUUGAUGAUCAUUAGGUUUCUGAUCUCAAGCCGUUGGCCCGUGCGGUGAUGAUGGAGACAAUGCUUGCGGUCCUGCAAUCGACUUCCUUCUCCGCAUACACAUACAUGGUAAAGGAAAAAGGGCGGAUCCCGAUUCGUUCAUCCGGGGCUCUCGUGUGUCAUUCAGCGGCUGGCGCUCGUCAACCGCUACUUCUUGUAAGCGAACCGACCAACGCAGUGCAGACCGUGUAUGUCUCAUUGUCGUGUACAGCGAUGAGACAUUUCUGUGCUACAAGUACAUCAAACUGUCGCACUCGCAUGCAUCGAAGUGGCACCUGGACACCAACUACAUCCUAUAUCAACUCCAGAAAGACAUUGAGACAGGUAAGGACACUACGGAGAUCAAGUGCUUCUUUCAGGAUAUUGAGUUGCUGUCCAGCAAGGCAGAUGGAGUACUUGGUAAGGACAGUCACACAUGCACACAUGUUCGCAUUCCAUGUGCUGCUUAUCAGGGUGGUGGCAGCAAACGAACCAGCUUGAUCGACAUUAUGGUCAGUCAAAGCGGGCACGAAGAGAACUCGAUUGGAUCGACUUCUGUGUGUAUUCAGACGUACCAGAAGGUGGGGAGAGAAUGA